UCUGUUGUUUAGCUGCUUCUGUCUCUCUCCUCAGAGAGGGAGGGAAGGAGGUGACUGGCCGGCCUUCGUGAUGAAUCAGUCUCCAUUUAUUAUUUCUUUGUAAAACCCAAAUCUCCUAGAGAAGGCGCUUAACCAGAGUUUGCUCCAAUCACAAUUGCAUUUUCUUUGCCCCUCAUCACAUUUCAAGGGUCUUCAAUCCCCGUCUCUUUGUUGUUGCGGCAUUGAGAGAAAGGAUAAGCCUUUAGGAUUUUGGGUUCGGAUAUGGCAUCUCCGGGUUCUGGGAGUGCUGGAUCCGCUGAUGCAGCAACUGCCAGAAAACAUACGAAGCGACCCAAAUAUUCGAAGUUUACACAACAAGAACUUCCAGCAUGCAAGCCGAUACUUACUCCACGAGCGGUUAUUUCAUCAUUCUUGAUUGUCAGUGUUUUCUUCAUUCCUAUCGGAGUUGCUUGCCUACUUGCUUCAAAUGAUGUUGUUGAAAUUGUCGAUAGGUAUGACUCUGAUUGUAUACCAGAUAACUUUAAGAACAACAAAGUAGAAUAUAUUCAGAGCUCUGUCAAUAAAUCAUGCAACAGGACACUAAAUGUUACAAAGAAUAUGAAGUCACCGAUAUAUGUUUACUAUCAGCUCGACAACUUCUACCAGAAUCAUCGGCGGUAUGUUAAAAGCCGAAAUGAUGAGCAGUUAAGAGACCCCAAAAAGGGCAAUUUAACUGAAUUUUGCAAGCCCGAAGAUCUUUCCGAUGGCAAAGCAAUUGUACCUUGUGGUCUUAUAGCUUGGAGUUUGUUCAAUGAUACGUAUAACUUCUCCCGUGAAAACAAUAUUUUGGCAGUGAACAAGAAAGGCAUCUCUUGGAAGAGUGAUAGGGAACACAAAUUUGGAAAAGAUGUCUUUCCUAAAAACUUUCAGAAUAGUUCUCUUAGAGGAGGUGCGCAUCUUGAUGAAUCCAUACCAUUGAGUGAGCAGGAAGAUCUUAUUGUGUGGAUGCGUACGGCUGCUCUUCCAACUUUUAGGAAGCUGUAUGGAAAGAUAGAGGUGGACCUGAAUGCAGGUGACCAGAUACACGUGACAUUGAAGAACAACUACAACACAUACAGUUUUAAUGGAAAGAAGACGCUCAUAUUGUCAACUACUACCUGGCUUGGUGGGAAGAAUGACUUCCUUGGCAUUGCAUAUCUCUCUGUUGGAGGAUUGUGCUUUUUUCUGGCCAUGGCUUUUACCAUCAUAUAUUUUAUCAAGCCAAGGCAACUUGGAGAUCCGUCAUAUCUGUCAUGGAAUCGGAGUCCUGGUGGGCAUUAAACAGAUGCUAAUUGAUUAGUUAUCUUCCAAGAUUCAAGGCUCGGUUAUUUUGCUGUGUCAGGUUUUUAUGUGUCUGUUACUUAUGCGUAAUGGAUUGGCUUAAGCAAUCACAUGUUAUUAUCGUCUUUUAUCUGUGUCUUCUGUGCAUCAUAACGUAAACAUAGUGUUGCGUGAGAAAAAAAUAGUAUCCAGUAUUUCUGGCAGUCGUUUUUUUUUUCUAUUAACAACUUAGGGAUAGAGGUGGGUUCUUAUUUUGACAUUGCCUCUUUUGGCUCAGGAGUUCUGUAUAGGAGAAAUAGAAAGAGUCAAGUGAGGCUUCUUAUUUUUCCUUUCUUGAGAUGGAAAGACAGAUAAUUUUCCUUUUUU